AUGGCUGAAAUUGAGCAGGUGUUCAGUUCUGCACACCGAAACAAAAGCGGAACAACCUCCUCACCUAGUUUUGUCUUGUCAAACUGUCCAAAUUAUGACCUCUCAAAUGCAAAAUUUCUGAUACUUAGUUCUAGUGAAAAGAAACUGUCUUCCAUAUCACCAUUUUUAGUUCAGAAAUCUCUUGAAACUCAUGUUGGAAAUCCAAAAAGCGUUAAACAAAUGCCAUCAGGAGACUUAUUAGUCGAAACAAAUUCUGCUAAACAAACAACUGCACUAUUAAAAAUGAAACAAAUUGGGAACAUUAAUAUUACAAUAACACCACACAACACUUUGAAUAUAUCCAAAGGCGUCAUUUCAGAUAAAACUCUGCAAUCCCUACCCAUCUCAGAAAUAAAAGAAGGUCUUUUAAAUCAAGGCGUUAUAGAUGCGCACCACAUCACUAUCAAAAAAGGUUCAGAUAUCUUCACAACGCAACAUAUAGUUUUGACUUUCAACACUGCUGAUCUACCUGUUGACAUUAAAGCUGGAUAUCAAAAUUGCAAAGUCCGCCCAUAUAUUCCGAAUCCUCUACGCUGCUUUAAAUGCCAAAAGUUUGGUCACUCCACCAACAAUUGUAGAGGUAACGAAACCUGUUCACGCUGUGGUCAAACUGGACACUCCUUUAAGUCCUGUACAUUUCCUGAAAAUUGUGUUAACUGCAAUGAAAAUCAUUCUGCAAAUUCAAGACAAUGCUUAAAAUGGAAACAAGAAAAACAGAUCUUAACCAUAAAAGUAACUCAAAAUCUCUCCUACUUUGAAGCUAAAACUAAAUUCCGGAAUUCGCAACCCCGACCUAAUGUUUCGUAUGCUGCAGCAGUUAUGAACUCAGUCUCUAAUGCAAAACAUACAAAAUCAGUAGGCAGUCAAUAUGAUAUCACAGAAACACAAAAUACUAAACUUAAAACAAUAUCUCCAAGGCAAACAGCAAGCUCAUCAAAAACAACUCUCUCUCAAUCUCAACAAACUCAAAAUCUUGAAAAAUCCGUUAUCCCUUCAACACAGGUACAAAACAAAUCUGAAAAUCAAAAGUACUUGAAGUUAACCCCGCAGUUGAUAAACAAAUUACAACAAAAACUAACUCAGUCUCCAAUACAAGAAUCUGAUGCAAUGAGCACAGAUGAAGAUAAGAACGACGAACAGCUUAAUUCUCAGAUGCAAACUGAAGAUGGGAUGGAGACUCCACCAAAUCUGUGUCCCAAAAAUACUAAACUCAAAAUUCGAAGGUAA